UGCUUGUAUAAUUAGUGACAAUAUCUAAGUGAUGUCCAUUUCCUCUCUAAAAGGCGGGGUGACUUUAAUUUUUUGAUUUUUAUCUGUAUUUCUUUUGUGGUAGUCUAUGUCUUUUUCUUCUUUGAUGUUACUGAUGUCCAUGUUAUUCCCAUUUGACUUCAAUUCAUGCCCACCAAGCCAUCUUUCCAUAAACUCCUUCACAAUUCCAUUUCCUUCUUACAAGAAUGGUUUCUUUUGUAUUUUUAUCAAUUAAUAUCCAAUACUAUCACCAUAUUCAAGAACCAAAAGGGCAACCUAUAUGGUUUUUUUUUUUUAAUUAAUUAUGAAUUCAAUUUCCCAUUAGAGUUGGGCAAAUUAGUUGACCUCUAAAUCAUACAAUCCGGUAAUAAGCUCGUUGCUUAAGCCUCUUUGAUAUAAUUUAGUCUUUAGCAUUAAAUGGUAAAGAUUCAACACUACAAUGCUUUUAAGCUGUCUGCACUUGUGCAAGCAAAUUAAAGAUACCAAAAAGCACUAGUAAAGUGGCUACACAGACAUCUCCAUUAUGAAUCUGGCAGCUGCUUUGAUUUGAUUACAACUACAAAGGACAAGAAUAUUUUCAGUGGUGAAAACUAGCUACCAUCUUCCACCUCCAAAGUGCUUGUAUAGGACUCUGAACAGGAAACCAUGGUGAAGAUGAUGAUGGAACCCUUGUUGGAUGAAAAGUGAGGUAAGACUUGUAAGGGCAAGUUCCACUGUCCCGAAGUGAAGUUGCUUGUCAACUUUGAGGUAAAGAAAAAGAAAAUUGCAAAAAUGAAGUUUAUGAAAAUUGGAUCUCGGCCAGAUACCUUCUAUACAGAAGAGGCUACUAGGUGUGUGCUUAUUUAUGCAUCACCAACCUUCUAUAUCAUUCAAAAAUUCGCAUAUGAGCUGUAUCUGAUGGUGUUUAAUUUGCAAUGCAGGUCUGUGAUUUCGGAUGUACCCAGUGAUCUUGUUAUACAGAUUAAUAACAUUAGUUACCUUCUCCAUAAGUUUACACUUCUUCCAAAGUGUGGCCUUUUGCAAAGACUAUGUUCAGGUUCUGAUGAUUCAAGCACUAUUACAUUGAAGCUUCAUGACAUUCCGGGGGGAGAAGAAGCUUUUGAGUUGUGUGCCAAGUUUUGCUAUGGCAUAACAAUCAAUGUUUGUGCACAUAAUUUUGUACCUGCUUUUUGUGCAGCUAAGUUCCUUCAAAUGACUGAAUCGGUUGAGAAAGGAAACUUUGUUCUGAAACUCGAGGCCUUUUUCAAUUCAUGCAUACUUGAAGGUUGGAAGGAUUCCAUUGUCACUCUUCAGACCACUGCAAAGUUGACUGAGUGGUCGGAAAACCUUGGAAUCAUCAGAAAAUGCAUUGAUUCAAUUGUCGAAAAAAUACUUACCCCCCCUGCGAAGGUCACAUGGUCCUACACUUAUACCAGACCAGGGUACAAAAAGUCCCUGCAGUCUAUCCCCAGGGAUUGGUGGACGGAGGACAUAUCUAACCUUGAUGUAGAUCUCUUUAGAUGUAUAAUCACUGCCAUCAGAUCAACAUAUAUGCUGCCACCACAGCUUAUCGGUGAAGCAUUGCAUGUAUACGCCUGUCGUUGGUUACCAGACACUACAAGGAUUAGAACCCCUGAGAGUUCAGUGUCUCAAACUGAAGAUGUUUUUGAAAAGAGCAGAAGAAUUCUUGAAGCCAUUGUAAGUAUGAUUCCAGCAGACAGAGGAUCAGUUUCAGUUGGUUUUUUACUAAAACUCCUGAGCAUUGCAAACUACCUUGGAGCAUCCCCAGUUUUGAAGGCAGAACUCAUACGAAAAUCUAGUCUGCAAAUAGAUGAGGCAACAGUGAGCGACUUAGUCUUUCCUUCACAGUCAUCCUCCAGCCAGCAUUUUUAUGAUAUUGAUUUGGUUGUGCCAGUAAUAGAAAGUUACUUGAUGCGAUGGAGAAGACAACCACCUGAAACUGUGGAAAACACUCAACUUAUUAGAACAAUUAGAAGGAUUGGAAAGCUUAUUGACACUUACCUCCAAAUGGUUGCAAGGGAUAAGAACAUGCCUGUAUCAAAAGUAGUAUCACUUGCUGAAGCCUUGCCAGAUAUUGCCAGGAAAGAUCAUGAUAACCUUUACAAGGCUAUCAACAUUUAUCUCAAGGAGCAUCCUGAUCUAAGCAAGGCAGAUAGGAAGCGUCUCUGCAGAAGUCUAGACUGUCAAAAGUUGUCUCCAGAAGUGCGAGCCCAUGCUGUCAAGAACGAGCGACUGCCAUUGAGAACCGUUGUUCAAGUCCUCUUCUUUGAACAAGACAAAGGUUCCAGGGCAACCGAUCCUAGAAUGCUAACCCAGGAGUUAUUCCAAAGAGAGAAACAGAUGCAAAUAUCCCGUGACGACCUAAAUAAGCUACAUUUAGGUGGAGACGAGCAAUCUGUCAGUACAGAGGGAUUGAGAAGAACUCCAGUGCUUGAAAGCAGCAGUAGAGAUAAUCAAAAAAAGAAGAGACUAGAAAAAAAUUUACAGCAGCUUGAGAUUGAAAUAGAGGAAGUAGAGGCCAAGAAGGGGGCUAGAGAAGAUGGAAGUUCUGGAAGCAAGUUGGAUCCCAAGAAAAUAAUACAAAGCAGAAGUAGAUCAGACCAUGGCCGUGAUAAAGGUAGGGAAAGAUAACAAAAUCAAGAGCAACCCAUUUCUCUCCUUUCUUUUGUAUUGUUGUAGUUCUGUUCUUUCUGUAAGAAAUGUUUAAUUUUCCAACUAGUUUCUCCAUUUGUGUCAGUAUAUAGAUUUUAGAUCCCUUAGAAGCUUACAAUUUUAUUUAUUUAUUUCGUCUUGUUGUUGUAAGUUCAUCUUAUCGUCUGCUAAAAAAUGGGAUUUGCGUUGAGUGUUUCAUCCA